UUUGGGGGUAUCUUGUGAUCCACGAUUGGGCUUCUGGAAAGAGCCUAUCUAGAGGAGGAGUCCGAAGCGGCGGCGGCGGCGGCGGCAGCAGCAAGAGUGGCUCAGGUUGAUUUAGAAUACGGAUGACAGUGGCCUGGCGCGAGCCCACGGCUGACGAAAGCUGCUUAGCCCUCUCGGUUUCCAUGGAGACAAGCAGGAGCAGCGGCUGCGGCGGCGGCGGCGGCGAGGCUGUCAGCGAGCGCGGCGGCGGCGGCGGCGGCGGCGAUCGCGCGUCCGCGGGGGUCUGCAGGAGGAAGGAGGAGGCCGGGGCCCGGACCCUCGCGGCAGACAUGGACUUGCAUUGUGAUUGUGCUGCCGAAACGCCGGCCGCCGAGCAGCCGUCGGGGAAGAUUAAUAAAGCUGCUUUCAAAUUAUUCAAGAAGAGGAAAUCGGGUGGCACCAUGCCCAGCAUUUUUGGGGUCAAAAACAAAGGGGAUGGGAAAGGCUCGGGUCCGACGGGCAUGGUGAGGAGCCGGACCCACGACGGCUUAGCGGAGGUGGUGGUGCUGGAGAGCAGCAAGAAGGAGGAGCCACGCGGCGGGGGCGACAGCGGGGGCGGCGGCGGGGGUGGCCGCAGCGGGGGGCGGCCGAACCCGGGUCCCCCCAGGGCGGCCGGGACCGGCGUGGGCUCCCUGGCCAACAGCUCGGUGGCGAAGUCGCACAGCUUCUUCUCCCUGUUGAAGAAGAACGGGCGAUCGGAGAACGGCAAGGGCGAGCCGGCGGACGCGAGCAAGGCUGGCGGCAAACAAAAGAGAGGGCUGAAGGGGCUCUUCAGCAGCAUGCGCUGGCACAAGAAGGACAAGCGGGCCAAGGCGGAGGCGAAGGGCGAGCGCGCGGGGGCCCCGGGCGGCCUCAUUCUGCCGGGCUCGCUCACCGCCAGCCUGGAGUGCGUCAAGGAGGAAACGCCCGGACCCGCCGGCGAGCCGGAGAAGCCCAGCAGGGACGCGCCGGGAGACCCAGCAGGCUGUGGAGAUAUUAUUGCAGACCAAGAGGACGAGGCAGGUCCCAGCUGUGACAAGCAUGCCCCCGGGCCAGGCAAACCAGUUCUGUCUAAAAAGAACCCCGGCGUGGUGGCCUACCAAGGAGGAGGGGAGGAGAUGGCGAGCCCGGAGGAGCUGGACGACACCUAUCUCCAGGAAUUCUGGGACAUGCUCUCCCAGACUGAGGACCAAGGACCAGGGCCCCAAGAGGGAGCGGCCAAGGCGGCGGCAGCCCUGGAAACCAAGGUGGUGGCCGAGACGUCCAAAGACGCCAGGUGUGCGGAAGGGUCCAAGGACGUGUCCUUGGGCAAGCACAGGAGGCUCAACCGGAUUCCCAUCGAGCUCCAUCCCAAGGAGGAGCCUAAACAGCCCGAGAAGGAGCAGCAGGAAGGCAUCCCCAAUAGUGACGAGGGCUACUGGGAUUCCACCACUCCGGGCCCGGAGGAAGACAGCGCGGGCAGCGGCAAAAAGGCGGGCAUCCCCCGGGAUAGCUACAGCGGGGACGCGCUCUACGAUCUCUACGCAGAUCCGGAGGGAAGCCCGGCGGUCGUUCCCGCCAACGAGGAGACGUCCUGCUUGUCCCGGUUAAAGCCUGUGUCUCCAGGCACCAUCACCUGUCCACUGCGAACACCAGGCAGUUUGCUGAAGGACUCCAAAAUCCCUAUCAGCAUCAAGCACCUCGCGAACCUUCCAUCCAGCCAUCCCGUAGUGCACCAGCAACCAGUCAGGAGUGAGAUGCCCAGAACAAAAAUCCCAGUUUCCAAAGUGCUGGUCCGCAGGGUCAGCAACCGGGGUUUGGCUGGGACCACCCUCCGGGCAGCGGCGUGCCAUGACAGUGCCAAAAAGUUGUGAGGUCUCCGAAGCCAAGGUGGAUGGACCACAUGUCAAGGAAUACAACUUUCCCUGGAAACCACUCAAAUAAGUUUUGCUUCUCCUAAAGAAAAGCUUUUAGGACCAUCCCAGCUCCAGAGCCUAGACCGAGGACGUCUCUGUGCCGCCAGCAGGGGCAGGAUACACCAGAGAGAGGGUGCUACACGUGGGAUUCUCCUCUCCAGAUAAGUUCCCUGAGAAUUAUUUUCAAGCACUUUUAGUUUUUUACCUUAAAAAAAAAUCACUUUUUUUCUUUUUUCCUUUGAUGCACUGAACACUUGGAAGUCACCUUUACUUGCCUUUGCAGAAAACAGGACUUAACCAAACCUAUGUAAGCAUCAUGCCAUGAUAUUUGGUGCGGCCAGGGCCCAGAGAGGGCCUGGAGGAACGACUGCCAACACCAGAGGAGCCCCUCCUCUUCCAUGACACUUUCCUUCCCUCCUUCCUUCUUUUCCUUUUUCUUUCCAGGAAAAAAAGAGAGAGAGAGAGAGAAAAGAAAAAAGACCCUUUGCUGUAUCACUGUGUGGGAAACACCUGCAAAGCUGAAAGAGCCAGGUAUUUACCUGAUGAGCAGAGGGGAUCACUGAUUGGUCAAAAACUUACCUACUUUCAGUUGCUGGGUAUGCAAAUAGGUCAAUAUCUACCACUAGGACAAUAAAGGAGCAUUUUGGUUUGGUUGGUUUAGAGCAUCUGUUUGGGGAGAAAUAAGAAGCUCAGCAGAGCAGGUUUUUUCUUUUUCUUUUUCUUUUUCUUUCCCACCCAGUGAAGAAAUGAGGAUCAGGGAAAGAUUUCACUAAAAUGCCAAUAGACACAGUAUUUUAGCAUUUAUAAACUGUAACAUUUUCAUGUGUAGAUAACGCAUAUUUUACAGUUUAUCCAGCUGUUAACAUUUUAUAAUCUGUCAGUAACCUCGAAUUUAAAAUCUGGUUUUAUUACUAGUCAUGAUAACUGUCCCUGAACCACUGAUGUUCUUUUAUGUACUGUAACCUAAAAGCAAUUCUGUUUUUGUUUUAUAUGGGAUCUCUGGCUCUCAAUGCAGGAAAAAAAAAAAAAAGUCUAUUGUGUUGAUGUCCCAGAGGAAUGAUUCUGUCUUGUCUUGGGUAAAAAGACUAUUUGCUUCUCACUCUCAAUCCUGGUUUUCAGAGAUUUUUACCUUGGUUAUAAAAAUUUCGGAUUCAACCAUUCUACAAUAUGGGGAGUCCCAAAUGAGGAACAUAUUUUAAAAACCCAAUAGAAAAAUACAGUUUUUCAUGUUAUUUGACUUUUGCUUUAUAGAUUCAUAAUUGAGACAGAUAUGUUCAGAAUAUAACACUGGCAAGUGUAUAUAUCAUAAACACUCUAUGUCAAGAUUUUUUUUUUGAAAAGUGGUUUCCUGAUAUGUAUAUUUUCUAUUAUUUUAGAUGAGACAUUUAUUUCAGGAUGGGUUACCAUAUGCCUGGAUAGUUUGAGUGAUUAACUGAAGCAGUUCCUAGAAUGCUAUUAGCAUCUAAUGAUUAUAUAAUAUCCUCUUUGAAACGCACUUCAGUGUGUUUAAUCAAAAGACCGGAGCUUCUGCUAGGAAUUGAUUCAUGGUAUCAGGAAGAUUAGACAUUUUCAAGGAAAACUACAUGUAUAUGAUGGCACAAACACUUCUAUAUAGCUCCCAUUUUCCAGAGAGAUUGCCUAAGUAAUGAACUGAUAUUAUAUGCUUUCCAAGCUUGUUUUCUAUUUUAUAAAGGAAGGAAAGAGGCAAGUUAAGUAUAUGGAAACCUAUUUUAAUAGUACGAAAGGAACAAAAUAAACGGACAUCAAAGGCAAACAAAUUUGAGCCAGUAGCAUAAAGCAAAUCGUUCCCCAUUUUAAAUUUGCAAUGAUUCAAUUAGAAGAGGUGGUAGAGAUUUGUUGAAUUUCUUUAGUAGUCAGAUUACUGGAUUUUAUUGCACUGUGUCAGAUCCUUAAUGUUAUUUCAAAGUAGUGUUUUAAUAUUUAAUUUCCUUAUACAGAUGAGGUCCUAUAAUCAGAUAUAGCCUUAAGCACUCUGAACCCACCAACAGGAAUUCAUAAAGCCACUCACACUCACACGUGCUUAUGCACUCAACUGUGCACAAACUAACAGACAAAGGCGUGUACUGUACACUUGGAAAUAUUUUACAAAUUAUUUCUGUCUUGAGAAAGGGAUUUAAAUUUGAUUUCACACUGAUAGUACUAUUUAGACUCCAAAUGCAUUCAUCUUCCUCCAGUGAAUGUAAAGAACAUAAAUUUUAUUCCUAGCCGUAAAACAAAGGAUGUUUAUUUUCUUCUUGUGCAUUUUCUUGUGAGGGUUAUCUUCUCCUCUGCGUGAAUCCAUCACAGAGUUAUAUUUGUUCAUUCGUUCAAUUGUACAGGAAAGUUAGGAGUACCUGAAGUAUGGAUGAGAAUAUUCUAACAGUAAAGGCAAUCUAUUGAUAAAUCUAUUUUGUUAGCACUGGGACAAACUAGUUUUGCUUUCAUAAUUUUGGGGGCUUAUUUCUGCCAUUAUACCACUAUGCUGUGUCUUCUUGUUAUAAGUAAAGGAAAAUGUCAGCAAAACUUACCUUCAUUUCCCCCUGCCUAUUAAGCAGUUAUACAAGAUGUAAAAUAUUUUCUCUUUUCCUUCUUUUUUCCAUAUGUUUUCCACUUUUAAAAAACUCUCGUCUUUAAGAAUUCCACCCACACCAGUAAAAUGAAGGAUGCAGGCAAUUAAUUAAAUGGCCUCUGUAGCUAGAUGGGAAAUCAGGACCAAUGCAGGAAGCCUGCGUCUUAACCUUUUCCACCCACAGUCGCUUGCUUUGUGUGUGUGUAUGUGUGUGUGUGUGUGUGUGUGUGUGUGUGUGUGUGUGUGUGCAUGCGCCAAGGGCUACUUUUUCUCAUUCAUGUUCCUGGAGAUUGCUCCCCCCCCCCAGCAUUUUAAUAGAUUUAUAUUCCAAUUAUUAUUAAUACAUUUCUUAAUUUGGCCUAUUUGCUGAUUUUUUUUAAUGGAAGAUUAAAUAUGGGCUGAUGACACCGUUGCUGUGUGUGUAUGAUUCUGAGAUGCUUAGUUGAUUAGGUCUCUUUAGUCAGAGAGCUGGACAAAUUAGAGAGGAAAAAGUCAGAUCAAUUGUUGGCCCUGAAUUUAUCAGUGAGUUUAAGAGCUCUGCACAAAGACAGCCUGACUUUAAUAACUACAUUACACAGACAAUGUUACUUGAACUACUUUAGCAUCAGUACUAAUGGCAGUUGGAUGCUUUUAUUCUUCCAUUAGCACCGACUGGGAGAAAUUUUACUACAGCCGUUUUCAACAAUUGCUAGAGGAAAAGAUUUUUAUUAUUUCACCUAAUGACAACAAUGACAGACAGGACAUUAAGGACUUCCUUUAGAUACGUUUUCCACAAAUUAUCUGCCUAUUUAAAUACAAAGUGUUUAACAUCUAUGAGAGUGAUGAUUUACUGGGUCUAAAACCUUUCUUCCUUAAUCUCAGAAGUAGUUUUGAAGUAUUUGCACUUAAAUGAAUAUUCAAAUAACCCUUUGCACAGUUACCAAGGUAAAAAAAACUAUAUUAGGUAUCAAGAUUUCUUCGACUGAUCUGAGUUUUUGUUAUUUAUGUCUUUGUCAGAUUAGUUUUCAGAGCCUUUUGACUGUUAACUUUGUAUGAAGAGAUUGAUUAAAGUAGCUUUCUGUCCUCUCCCUUUGUACCCACCAAUGUUUGAUGUUUGCUUGGUGCCCUCAGAUAGCCAUAAGUGGACGCUUGUCAUGAUGGUGGCGUCUUUGACUCUUGCAUAGUGGAACACAUUUCCUGAUUGUAGUCAUUCCAGAUUUCUCUCCUGAAUGAUGACAAUCUGGCCUUGGUCACCUGUGCUGGGUUUCUACGAAGGCAUCUUCCAAUACAUUCACAGAUACUUUGCUCCCCUUAUCAUUCUUAAAAAAUUAAUUCAAGAAUUUUAUACUCUUAAACAAAAAGAGAACACAUCACAAUUGUCUCUUAUCACCACUGGGAAUGACCAGUUCAAAGUACCCACAUGAAAUAAGAGGAGAAACCUGAAUACCUUGGCCUACCCAUUUCCCCUCCCUAUUCGUCAGACAGACCAAGGGAUGAACAGCACCAUUCUUAUUUGUGGAAACUCGGCCUUAGGAAUUUUUGAUUCCUUAUGCACAAAUAUUCAUGACAGUUUGGGACCCGAAGCUAGCGUGGCAGAGCGGUGGCUUAUAUAUCUGUGUGGGAAAGCAAGAGGCCAGGAUUUACUUCAUAAAAAGACGUGUCUGUAACGUUGUCAGGUGGGAAGUGCGGUUCCCCCUCAAGGUCAGUCGCCUGUCUGCCUCUGAGGAUUUUGUAAAGGCCGUCAUAAACUGCUUCUCAAAGCCUUUGCACUGUGCUAAUGCUUUAAAGGAGAUGGUUUGUUGCAACUAUAGCCACUUAUAAAGAAUGCUAUUAUCUCACUCCAGAUAGUGCUUUUAAGGAGUGAUUCAGAGUGAUAAUUUCAUGAUUAUGGAAAAGUGUUCUUUCUCAAACUGAAAAAGGAAAGAUUAAAAUGGUCACAAAGCCUCCAGAACGGAAACUGGGCAUAUUUUAUGACCGACGUUUACUUUAAUUCAAUGCAACCUGUGUUCGUGGGGCAUAUACUGUGUCUAAUACUUCAUAAAAACCCCUUCAGUCUGGGCUCGCACAUAGCUGUACUGUGAUUGGACUUUCUUAACAGUCAUGAAAAACAUCUUUAUUUUACUUUACCUUUUUUUUUUUUUUUUGCAUCUGUUGCUUAUGGUUUGUGGGGUGGAGCAGAAUGCGGCAAACUUGAACAGGAGUGGUAUGGAUUAAGCCACACAAAUUCCUCUCAAAAUAAUAAUAGCAAUUAUAACAAUAAUGAACAUUUGUUGAGUCCUUGCUAAGUGCCAGUGACCACUAAGAGCUUUACAAAUAUUGACAUGGUCCUCCUAGCAGCCAUGUGGGUUAGGCAAUAUUAUUUCCCUAAUGUGCCAUCUUUAACUCAUUCUUUUUGUUUGUUUCCAUCCCAUCUCAUCUCCCCCCCACCUCCCCUCUUUCUCUUUCUCUCUCUUUUCCCCUAGCUUCUGGGAUGGGAACAUAAACUCUUCUGUAACUUAAGAGUAACACAAGAGCUAAGAACUACUUAAUGUCAUGACAGUUCACUUCCAACAGAAACAAAGCUAACCCAUGCCAUGAAGCUGAAAAUUGGUUUUUUGUCCGAGACGAUGGUGCUCAUAUCACUGACAGAGAAGCCAGGCACAGUUAAUAGGCAAACACUCUGCUUUCUUUUGGCGGUAUCCUCUCCUUCUUGAGAUUAACACCAAAAAUAUAGGCAGAAAUCUCUCCUGUUGUCAUGGUAACACUUCUUCCCUGUAGGAUGUCAGUCAUUCCAAGCACGUUGCCCUUGUUUUUCCACCAUGAACCCACUCUAGGCUUGCUCUGGCUGUUCCAUGUGGUUUGUUUAAAUAGCGACUAGCUGAGUGAUCCCUUGCCUGGAUACAAUUCUGAACUUCAGAGAUAAGCUCCUGGCUCUUUCCAAAGUAGCACAUCCUACAUUCUGUCGAUGGCCAUUGAAUCCUGACUCAUAUUUUCCAAUUCAUUAAUUCAUUCAACUAAUAUUAUUGAAGACCUAGAAGUCAGUCAUCGUGAAUUUGAGUAUUUUAUAUCGAAGGAGAAUAACUAACAUAUACUGUGUGUUUGCUCUGUGCCAGGAUGAUGCUCGGUGCUUCCUUUCAUGUUCUUAUCGCCACUGUUCACAAGGACCAUGCAGGGUGGAUAUUGGCUCCAUCCCCAGAGGAAAAAAAUGAUGCUCGCAAAGGUGAAAUACUUUGUCCCAAGUCACCCAUUUCCUAAGUAAUGGACAGAAUUUGAAUCAGAAACCUAACUCUAUAGCUUCUGCUUUAAUUAUGCAUUUUUUAAGCCAUAUGAUUCAAUUUCUGUAAAACUUGUUUUAAGUAAGAAACUGAUCAAAGUUCUGAACUGCAAGAGCCAACCCCGAUUUGUGUAAUUGUGGGUACCAUCCGACUGAUGGCUGUUUUAGUUAAAAGUGAACUUGUAUUUUUAUUUUUAAUUCUUUGAUGGCUUUUAUACAUGCAAGCCUAAAAGGGAGAGCUCAGAGACUAGCAGGUUUUUUUCUCACCUGGGCCAGUCAAAAUUGUGGACUAUAUUCAUUAAUUACUUUAGAGUUCCAUACAAGCAGACCUAUGUACAGAUUUUGUGAUCUGAUGUCUGUUUUGCCAAUAUUAAAACCAAAAGCAAUUUCAGUAGUGAAUCCAGCAGCGUGCAACCUCUGUUUUAUCCCACUCUGAUUCUGUUAAUACCUCCAGUAUUUAGGUAAAAUCCAUUUGAAAUUGCAUCAUGGUCAUAAUUAAGGAGGUUAUUUUCCUAAUAUAUGGCCUGCCUACAUUUGGUAAAAUGCUUUUAAAAUGAAUUUUAGGCUUCAUUUUAAUGAGACACAGUGGAAGAUUUUAAUAACAGGUGGUCAUUCUAUUAAAAUGUAAACUAGGGUAAUUUGUGGUAAUAACUCAAUAAUCAAUAGAGUAAAUUUCUGCUUUGUGUGUGAAGAUAACAUUUUUAAUAAAAUAUAGCCAAGGUGACUGGUUAUCAGAGACAUAUUUAACUUUCUCAGAUACCUACCUGGAUCAUCUAAUAAGCUAAAGCAGAGAUACUAAAAAUACCUGGUUAGAUUUCAUAGGGGCACCGAGCGGACACACAGUAAAUACUUGUAACACAAGUAUUGAAAUGGUCCUAGGUAGCCUGAAGGAAUUAGUGAACUUUCUAAAUAUCUGCAUUGCAACCAUUUAUCCCCCACUACACAGUUAUUUCUAAAGAAAAGAAGAGAAACUCUCAUAAAGUAAUACAAUAGCUUUCUUAUUGCUUCCAGGACACAUUUAACUGAACAUGAAGGAUCUGAGAGUGGUCGUUUUAUCAAGAACAUCAGGGAAAAUGGUUCUGAUGUUAUAGGCAAAGUAAAUUUUUGUCACUUUUACUUGACUCCAGCUAUCUACCAGGCUCAUUGCUAACUUCAGGUUUUUGACCAAGUUAUUUAUAUGGAAUAUCUCAGUGUAAUAUAGGGAAUGCAGGUUAUUUGAAAAUAAUGACAAAGAAGACCCAAAUGAGAAACUCCAUUUCUAUAAUUAGUUUUCCUGAAAGUCAGGCAUGUCUUUGAGGACAAGCUUUUGGCUGUAUUAUUUUUGUGCACAGGAGGAAAAUUGUUAGUAGGUUUAUAGAUAUUAUUUUUAUAAUAGAAUGUUAAAUUCCCCCCAAACAUCAAAAAUCAUCUCCUAGAACUACUCUAUGUUUUUAAAACUUGUUUUAAAAAAGGAUUCUAAAUAGCAAUAGGAUCUUUUCUCCUUUCUCCACUCCAAUGAUUUAAUGGGAUAAAUGAACCAAUGUUUAUAUUUUUAAACCUGUAAAUAUUUUAUUUUGGGUAUUUUGUAUAUUUGUUGAUAUAAUUCCAUUUUGUGCAUAUGUAUCAUUGUGCAUGUUGCUGUUUUUGAUAGUCACUCUUUUAAUGAAUGUAAGAAGCUUGGACUAAUAGCACUUUUCUUGUUUCAUUCAAACAUCUUAAAAUGAAAAUACAACACUGCCAUUUUAACUGUUGUGUUUAAUUCAGUCAAUAAAUUUUGUUGCUCC